AUGCGUGCACUUUUGUUCGUCUCAGAAAUCGCGCAAGGCAUGGAGUACCUUCACAAAAUGAAUAUCACGCAUUCUCAACUGCGGACAGCUGCGUGUCACGUGGACAACAAGUGGCAGGUCAAGGUCGCAGACUGGGAGGUCACGUCUCUCUUUGACAACGCUCUGCUUAUGAGCACAGCGCAUGAGGACGCCGAUUGGUCUAGCUCUCUAUUCUGGACGGCGCCUGAAGUGUUGAGAUACCGCUUUGAGUCGACCAAAAGCAGCGAUGCGUACAGUUUUGCAAUUGUGCUACAAGAGAUCUUCAUACGAGAGCACCCUUAUCACGAACUUCAAGGAAGGUGUUGGGAGAUGGACCCCAUGGCUCGGCCGUCCUUCACAAACGUGGUACUGUCCCUCAAGUCCGCCUCUCCCUCCAACCGCGGGGUUCUCCACUGUCUCAUGGACUCUAUGGAGGCUCUGGCAGUCAGCCUGGAGACCAAGUUAACCCAUAAGAGCCGAGAUCUUGUGGCCAGAGAGAAACAGCUGGAGGUGACGCUUUUAAGCACAAAUCCCCCGGUGGUAGCUGAGCAGCUGGCCAGAGGAGACAAAGUGAUGUCUGAGGCCAUAAAAUCUGCCACUGUGAUGUGUACUAAGAUAUUUAAUUUUAACGACCUGAUCGGAGAAACGUACACGUACGACAAGGGCAUUGAUCUCUUAAACUACUUGGUUGAGAUGCUGGAUAGCUUCACAGAAAGACAACAAUGUUUCAAGGUGAACGAACUACCGUACGGCAUCAGCGUCAUUUCCGGUUUGAAUGAGAACGAGAAUGAUCACGUGGCCGCUGUGUGUGCUGUGUCACUGCAGUGGCACGGGUUUCUGCGGCAAGGUAAGAACACGUAG